AUGAGAGUGAUAUUAAGUGUCACAAUUGUGGUGCUGACCUUCUCCUGGAGCAAUUGCCUCCUGGAGGAGUUCCUGAGGUCCGACGACCUGGACCCUUACGCGGCUUUCGUCAGCAAGGUAGAGACUAAAUUGAAGGGAAAUUGUGUGACCGAGUUCCCGAUUACGAAUUGGCAACGGAGGUUCACCGUCGGGAACACCCUUAAGGACAUGAGGAAGGUCAUGUGCAAGUACGACAACGUAGACAACGCCACCAACGAGUUCCUCUGGCGAUCUAUAAUUGAGAAGCUGGAUUAUUACGACAUGCAGGCGAUGCAGUUCAAUUUCGAGCUGAUGCACCUGAUGAAGAAAAUCGGCAAGUACUGGACCGAAAUUGACAAGAUCACCAAGAUGAGCGACUUUGAUACCUACCUGGGAUUUGGCUGCGACCAUUUGAGCAAGUACUUUCAAUGGAGACAUAAUGUAGAUGCGGAAUUAUGCAACGGAGAUAUAAAUAAGGUGUACGCGCAGUUUGUCAUGACGGUGAAGGAUAAAAUAAAGAAAUACGAAAGCAAGCUCAAUAUUUGCGAUUUUAAAGAGACUCUUCAGAAGGAAUUGAUGGCUUUCUCCCAGCAGGGGAUGAAGGCACAUAUCCAGAAGUAUAUUCUUACUUCUUACGAGGUGAAUGUUACUAACCAGUGCAAGAAUUCUUGCGUAAAUGCAGAGCUUGAAGCAUUGAAGGACCAGUUUUUGAAGAACGUCGAAGCCUACAAAAAUUUGAUAUCUAAAACCAUGGAAGAAUUUACGGCUUACAUUAAAAAGUGCGACGCGCCAAAGCCGAUGACUCCUUCAUUCCCUGGAUAUUCCGUAAAUCCUUGCGGAGGAGUAAAUUUUCCGUAUAUGAAUCCAUACAAUAAGAAGCCUCCAGCGCCUCCGGCACCUCCAGCGCCACCUUCUCCCGCUCCUUACAUUGAAUUAGAGCGAGCUUAUCAAGUUAAGAUAGUCAGCGAGAAGGAAAUGGAUAAAACCGGAAGCUGCUCGCACAAUUGCGACCUUUCGAAGGUCAGCAUUAACACAGGAGGAGAGUGCCAAGGUUACACCGAGUGCAAGUUUAUUUCCCGGAAAUUUGACGUCUGCAAAGCUCAAAAUAGCAAGAGGAGGUACGAUUGGGUCAAGGAUGAAAAUGACAUGAUCUAUGGAACCCCUUCUGCUUGCGACAAUAGGACCAAGUCAUUUUCCAGUAUGGUAGAUUUCUGGUCCUUGUCACCCACUUCCUGCGAUUAUUGUGUUUGUACCUGUGUUUCUAAGCCUAAACACGAUCCACAUACUCUUACGGCUGUCAGCUUCAAGGAGCAGACUUCGGAUUUCUAUAAUAAUAAUAACAAAGUCGUCGUAGGUUUAAGAUUCGUAAAAAAAGACUACAUGUUACACAUCCAAAUUGCGGAAGCGCGUCUUUUGCCCUACGGCAAAAUCAACGCAUCAACCUUCUCGUGGAAACCUUUGGAGAACUUUGAGUUCAAUGAACAGGAACAAAAGUUCUACAUAAAAUCAAGCUCUGGAAGCAUGAAGGCGCUUUCCCUUGGUAAAGACUGGGGCCACGCUUCGUCUAUCAACCUGGACGACGUGAUGGCUCCUAAGGACUACAUAGUCACCGGAGUGAGGUUCCGGUACGCAGGAGAUAAUUUAGACUGUCCAGUGCUCCAGUCCGGUUCCCUGGAACUCCAGCUGCAGGUCAGAAGCCUGGUAUUUGCAGAAGGCCACUUUUUUGAGAACAACUAUCCCCAGUGGAUCUCCGCUGGGAAAAAGGACCACUGCGAACUGGUGCUCUACGAACCCGACAACCCGAUGAAGGCUCCGAUGAACAGCGAAUUGUCUGCUAGCACCCAUUUUGUUAGGUUCCAGGCUUCGGACUUCCGUAAAGACGCCGGACAGUCCACGGUUCCGUUCUUUGAUGGGUUUGAUGUUCUGGGAACGCCCUUGGUUCCGCUCAAAGGUGCCGGGUUGUUCCAUCGAGGUGCUAAGGGCUUCGGAGGGUUCAUUAGUCUCAAGGUCUAUGAUCUGAACUCCAAGUUUUAUUCUAUUGCCAACGUCAAGAAAGCUCCUGCAGCUCCUGCAGCUCCAGCGCCAGCUGGUGGUGAUAACUUAAAUGAGCUUCCAUUUUUCAAAUUUGUGGGAAAUGUUAUUAGAACGCCGCUUAAAAUUAUUAAUAAUUUUAUGGAGAAUAUGAAUUAA